AAGUUUGAUUGAAGCAAGAUGGAAAAAGUGUUUCUUGUUUUGGCAUUUUUACUUGCAUUUCCAUCGAACGCUUUGUUUGCACCGACUCCAACUACAAGCUGCAGAUCGAUCAUGAAUGAUAUGAUGGUUGAAUGUCUUCCAUAUUUUGUGGAUCACAACAAUAAUUCUCAACCAUGUUGCUCUGCUUUUGAAUCUGUUGCAGCAACUGCUUCUGGCUGCAUUUGUGAUAUUCAUAUGGAUAUCAACAAUUUUCCGAUGAAUGUCACAAAGAUGAUGAAGCUGCCUGCUGUUUGUGGACUCUCACUCCCUUGUCACUUGGAUGCUAGUGCUGCUCCAUCCUCAGUUGAUGCACCUGAGUCAUAUGCUUUUGAGAAUUUGAUUUCAAGCUCAUCACAGUCUCCUUCACAGAGUAGCCCAAAGCCACAGCCCAAUCAUGCUCCAAGUUCCCCAGCAUCGGUACCAGUUCAAGUGGCAGAUAAUCCCGGAUCGUUUUACCCUUUUUCUUUUGGGUUUCUUGCGAUGAUAAUAUUCAUAUUGUUUUUUAAAGUAGAUGAAGAUGAAAUAGCUCACCCAAAUUAAAUAAUCACUCAAUUGAUCAAUGAUUGUAAUGUGGAUCUAUAUGAUAAAUGAGAUAAUGACUACCGUAUGACUAUGAAGUACGGAUACGAUGCAGAAUAUCAGAUACAAUACGUAUCUGAUACGGUGAUAUGUGUA